AUGACGCUUUACGUUGCUCGGGAGGCUUCCAAGGUUUCUAAGCGUCUAUUUGUUUUUGCUUGUUUGCAUCUUUCUCUUUCCUUGUUGUCAUGAAUUUUUUUUGUGUGCCCUUUUUGAUCUCGGGCUUCGGUUUUUUAUUUUUCGAAUUUUUUUGGCGGAGAAGCUAUGGAGGAAGAUCACGAUGGAGUUGUCCGUGGAACUGCAGCUUCUCUCGGAGAAAUGGAAGUUCAUCCUUGCAGGGCUCAUAUUCCAGGUGCCUUAACUUCUCUCUAUUGGUUUGGAUACGCGUCACAGGUUGGGAGGAGUAGAUUUGGCUUUGGACGAUUGGGUUUUUACGAUGGUGGAUCUUUUAUAGAGAUGCCUGGCUUGGCUUCAUUUCUCCGAAUAUCUCCUGGUGACCUGAUGAAAUGCCUUUCCAAUUCUUUUCUUAUUUUUUUGGCCAUGAUUGCUGGCGAUGAUUUACGGCUCAUUUCUUUUCGUUAAUGUGCUUAAGGUUCAUGGUGGCCAUCUUAUAGUUGAAACGGUGGACUAACUUGUAGUCUCGCCUUUUCAGUCUUUAAAGUUUGUGCCCGGAAAACGGAAGCGAGUUGGAUUCUUUUUGGCUCACUGGAAUAAGAAUGACCUGUUUUGAACAUUUUUCUGUCGCGACGUGUUGUAGGAAUGUAUAGCUUGGUUUCUGUCCUCUAAAUUCUGAAUUACAUGGAAUUCAAAUAGUUUUUAGGUGGAAGAAACCUGUUACCAUACCCAACGGGAAAAAAGAAAUCUGUAAAAUCUCGGUGAACUUGAUAGGAUGAUUUGAAAAUAAAAUCACCUAAUAUGACGCCACAAAUGCUAAUUUUGUAUGCUUUUUUAAAUAUUUUAUUAAACAAUAAUAUGCUGCAACAGACUUUAUUUUUAGAUUUGUAUAUUAACAUGUAAUGGAAUGAAGUAGAGGUAAGGGGUCACAUGUUUACAGAAUUUUGGGGAAUUGGAGAAACUCAGAUGACGUUAGGCUUUCAUGUAUCCUUCAUCUCCCGUGUCCAAGUUCUAUUGAGUUUUUCUUUGUUUCAGAUUUCGAUGAUCUUAUUCAGUGGGUUUCAUGGUUUAUCUUUUCUGCAUUAGUGGUUGGAUCUUCUUAGUUACUUCCACAGCCAUCAUUUUCAAUAAAGGGCACCUUUCUUCAUUCUAUGUUGCAGUUCUCGCUAUUAAGUUUCUAGAUGCGUGGUACUGUCCCUAAUUGUGCUUCUAUGGGUCUCAUAAGCAUUUAGUGUUCGCAUUGGUGAAUCUUUACAGGUUUUGUCAUAAUGAUAUGCUCAUGACUUGUAAACUACAUCUGGAAGUAAUAUCUAUCUGUGUGAAAACUUGCAGUAUCUUCAUGGUUUAGCUGCUCGAGGAGUUCACUACCUUCACCGUCCUGGUCCUAUACUUCAAGAUGUUGGAUUCGCCAUUCUACCAGUAUGCACAACUCUUACUCUCAGUUUCCCGGCUGCAUUUCUAUAUGCUUUUGUGGGUCAAUUCAUUAAAUUAAUUUUUGAGCUUCUUGCUGAUUUGAGUGGUUCGUUUGAUUUUAUUUCAGGAACUUGGAAAAGAUAGAGGCUACAUUAGUGAGAGCCUUUUCAGCUUUGUGUUUUUUUCUUUUUUUCUGGUAAUAUGACCUUCUCUUGUUUCCCUUUACAGAUGCAUUAUCUUACCAUUUUUUUCCUUUCUAAAUAGAUUGAAAAUAAAUGCUGAUUUACACUAACCGGCAUUAUGGCAAAAGCUUCGGACUUCCAGGCUACAUGUCUUAUAAGAACUUUAAGAGUUAUUUUAAACUUCCGUCUUCUGUAAAUGGAAAAUUAUGUGGUACUGAAAAAAGUAUGUAGAUGAAUUUAUGUCAGCUUGGAAUUUGAUAGAAGUGACUGAAUGCUGAGAAAUCUUGGUUUUAAUUUGAUUUUCCUUUUUCUAAAAUGUCAGAUGACUUGAAAAACUAUCCUGCCACUAUCACCCCAAAAGAAAUUUAUGAGGUGUCCCAGAACAGCAGUGAGAUGAAAUCAUAUUUUUACUUGAACCUAUCUCUUCUUAGAGUCUGUUUUCUUCAUUCUAUCAUAAUUUAAGUUCAUUCGGAAGGAAAACGUCGGAAGAAAAUUGAUUUUCUUCUGAUGGCAAUGUGUUCAUGCUUAGUGAAGUUAAAGACAGAAGUACAAGUAGACUGUUGUGAAUUCAACGUCAGUUGGAUACCCAAGUAAAGAGUAAACUGUAAUCUUUGAAUAAUAAUAAUGCGUUUAACUGAUUUCAAGAAUAACAUAUGCCAGUGAAUUCUGCGUUGUUAUCUUGUAGAUUUUAGUAUUUGAUUGACAAUUUAAAGAUUCCGUGGAAGCCAAGCUAUUGAAAUGUGACAUCUAUUCCAACUUUUCCAGUUUAGAUCUCGGUUCUAGUUGUUUCAUAAAAUCUUCAGGUGUCUCUUCCGACCAGAACCUCAACAUAAUAAUUUUGGAAUCCUACUGUUAUCUCCAAAAAUUCCUAACCGUUGUUAUGGGCCAACAGAUGAUUUAGUUGACGGUAAUAGCCAUUUCAAUCAAAGGUGUGUGUGCCAUGGCCUAAUGGAGAUGCCAAGAGAAGGCCUUCUCCCAGUUCAUCAAGAAAAACAUAUGCUGACCAAUGAUGCUGGCUGAAAGAUCCAUGCUUGUGCUUUCCUUUGUAUUUCUUUCAGGAAUACUCUUGAUGAGACUCUCUUUGCUUUUAUACCAUAGUUUUUUAUUUUAUUUUUUUAUUUUUUUAUUUUUUAUAAUUCGCUCCAUCAGAUUCUACCAAAGAUCACUAUUUCUAACCCACAACCCGCUUUCCUUUUUCUUUUGCAGUGGACAUUCCAUCCAUUUAUUUUUCACAGCAAACGUUUCUACACGGUUCUCAUCUGGUGCCGGGUGUUAGCAUUCUUAGUCGUAAGUCCUCCCCUGCUUUUCUAUCACCUUGAAAAAAAGAAUAGGUUAAUUACUUCGCCUGUGGGCUGCCCCUCACGUGGUUACAUCUGUCGCAGGCGUCACAAAUUCUACGGAUAAUCACCUUCUACUCUACCCAACUCCCUGGCCCCAAUUAUCACUGCCGGGAGGUAACAAACACUACAUUCUUGAACUCGUCUUAAUGUAUCAUCCUCACCUUGAUCCAGAUGAACCGGGCCUCGAUCUAACCUGUUCUUUGUCUCUAUCUAGGGAUCCAAGCUCGCGGUAUUACCUCGCCCAGACAGCAUUCUGGAAGUUCUCCUCAUCAAUUGUCAGUACCUCGUUCUUCUUUAUUAUUAUUAUUAUGAUUAUUAGAUUUCUUAUUUUUAUUUUUUCACUAUGCUCAUCUGCCCUUCUUGAUGUUGCAGUCCCUCGAGGGGUAAUAUAUGGGUGUGGUGACCUGAUUUUCUCAUCCCACAUGAUCUUCACCCUGGUCUUCGUCCUCACAUACCAGAAAUAUGGCACAAAGAGGUACAUGCAUCAACGGGUCGGCUCGGCUGGUGUUCUUGGCACUCUUUGUCACGCGCUCCACUAGAUUUGACAACAUUCUCAGCCGUCCGAUCCUUGUUGAUCGUUUUUCUGCUUCGUUCUGCCUCGUAGGAUCCUCAAGUUCCUGGCAUGGCUUGUGGCCAUCGCCCAGAGCCUCCUCAUCGUCGCCUCCCGCAAGCACUACACCGUGGAUGUUGUUGUUGCGUGGUAUAUUAACCAGUUCUAUUCCAGAUUUUCGUCCUUCUACUUUCCUUUUCUUUCUUUAAUUUUAAAAAUGGUUUGAUUUCAUGCCUCCCCAUUCCUCUAUAAUUUCCAGGUACACUGUAAAUCUGGUGGUGUUCUUCAUCGACAGGAAGCUUCAAGGCAUGCCCCCUUCUUCCCUUCUCAUAUUUGCUUAUCUGUUUAUGCACAUUCAUUCCAUUUAUAGAAACUAACGCUGGGUGUUUCUUACUUUAAAUAGAAAUGCCUGACCGGAGUGCCGGGCCGGUGAUGGCUCUGCUCCCUGUGAGCGUUAAAGAUAAGGACAGCAAGCCCAAGGAGGAGCAUCAGAGGCUGCUUAAUGGGAACUCCGCAGAGACCAACAACGACUGGGUAAUUACAAUUCCACGGCCUUUUGUCUUGUUAGGCAAGGGAGAUAAAUUGUCAACGCCGUUGAUUCUAUUGGUCUGAAAUAUCUUCGUUGACUCUAUCUCUCCGGUUCUUCUAGGGGGUGGAUGGGUGGGUGUGUUUAGCCUAUAAUUACAAUUGUCUUAUUAAGCUAGGAAAGUGAAUAGUCAACGCCGUUGAUUUUCUUGGUUUGAGUUUUCUCCGUUGACCUUUUCUCUCGUGUUCUUCGAGAGGGGAUGAAUCGUGGGUGAAUUUUGCUUAUGAUUGCAAAUCUACCUGAUGAUCCAGAGGCAGAGAAGUCAAGCAAAUGGGAAGAUCCUCGAGGAUGGGACCCACGCCAGGGCUGAACCCGCCAUGAACGGCAAGUAG